UACGAAAGUGUAGUGAAUUAUACGAAGUGUUUAUUUUAUAGAAUAUUUUUUCUUGAACCAAGCAAUGCUCUACGAUGACUAAUCUGCUUCUGGUUGCUUUCGUAACAUUACUGGUAAAUGGCGGCGCAAUCGUCCCGGUUGCAGCGAAUGGCUGCAAAAAGCUAGAUGCCUGUCGAUGCGAAUAUCCCGACGGAAGCGGUAUCGACCUGAAUCAAAUGGUGGACAUACGCGAUGGUUACAUGUCAACCCGAGAUGCUGCCACCCAGGAUUGGUAUUACUUUCACCCGUGUUCGAAUAUACGCUAUCUGAACCAGUCGAAAACUAACUGCAGCGAAGGGGAAGGCUAUACGCUUUGUCGUCUCACAAAUUCGACGAGCCAAUAUCAGAAACUUGGGACGGCAGAGAACAGCAGUUUUAGCAGCAAUUCUGAUGACAAUCAGAGAUAUCUAGUCUAUACAAAUGCGAAUAAUGAAGUUACCACAAUACAGCUUAUAUGUGUUAAAAACUCCAAUUCCUAUAUCUUCGUCCAACAAAAUGUAGCUCUAAACGCAGCAAAGCAAGUGAAUCUUUUGCUAUUUUCACCUUUCGCUUGUGUUACGACCAUCGAGGAAAUUAGUCAAUCAAGCUUCGGGCAGGUUCUACUGAUAUUGUUCUUCACCGGAACGUUUACCUAUUUCACAAUCGCGUCCAUCGUACGCUUUAUGUACUUCGGUGCGCGUGGCAUCGAAGUGAUUCCGAACCUCGAGUUUUGGCAAGAUCUGCCCGGUCUGGUGAGGGACGGCGCAAUCUUUCUCCGAAACGGCGGUCGUGUCGAACGGGCACCGGAUCCAGAUUCGUACGACGCCAUCUAGAUAGGCCUUACAAGCUGUAAUAGUUAAAACAACAACAAAAAAACAAACGCCAAAAUUUCACAAAGCUUUCAGGAGCAUCACAGCUUUCAGCGCAUGCUGGAGGCCCCAAUAAGUUACUUUAAAUCAAGCAAAAGUUGAUUAUCCUAUUACAGGUUUCACUACUGAGAUGUGUUCCGAAACCGUUCGAGUAACUUUGGUUUUUUUCCGUUGACUGAAUUAUUAAAUGAGUGAUAACA